AUGCUUCCUCUUUUAUUAUACGCUGCUGCCGCUACGGCUGCUAGCACAACCGGCCUGCGGGAGCUAAGCAAUCUCGUCACAUUCGGAGACAGCUAUACAGACGAAGGCCGUCUCAACUACAUCUUUGCCAACAAUGCACUACCUCCUCCAGGCCAGCUUCUACCCGUGAACAAUGCAACGUCAGUAGGCGGUUAUGCCUGGCCAAGACUCGUAGCACAAAAGACGGGAGCCAAGCUCUACGACUAUGCCGUCGCCGGCGGCAUGUGCUCUGAUAGCGUCACCCAGCACUUUCUCAGCAAUAUCAAUGGGCCAUUCCCAUCCAUCUUGGAUUACGAGGUUCCGGCUUUCAAGACAGAUCUCGGCUACAAGGGCUUGUAUCCAAAUAGGAGACCAGACAACACUGUCUACGCGCUCUGGAUCGGUACUAAUGAUCUAGGAAUUGACGGAUUCUUGGGCAACAACCAAGUCAAUGGCGCCACCAUUACAGACUUUGUAGAGUGUGUCUGGAAAGCUUUUGACGGCGUUUACAAGCUGGGAGGCAGGCAAUUUGUACUUCUCAACGUGCUGCCACUACAGCUCUCGCCGAUGUAUGCUUCUAUCGCGAACGGCGGAACGGGAAACAAUGAGUAUUGGGGAAACAAGGCAACAUACAACACCACGGACACUCAGUAUAAGAUGGAGGAAUUUUUGACCAGCGCCAACACAAUGUUCGCCACGGGAGCGCCGUAUAACCUCCUGGUCAAGAAGCGCUGGCCAGGGGCUACUGUCAGCUUACUGGACGUGCACUCGCUGUUGCUGGAUUUGCGUUCAGAUCCAACCAAGUACUACACAGAGCCGGUUGACAUUACCGGAUCCUGGAGAGGAUGCGGAGACUCGGGAUGUUUCCAGUCGACAGAGCCGCAGUCGAACUUCGUGUGGUACGACGAGGUGCAUCCAUCGGAGAGGACAUGCGAGCACGUUGCCGAUGAGUUUAUCAAUCUGCUGGAAGGAAGAUCGAAAUACGGCACCAUCUACCACUAAGUUGCCUCACUUGAUUGUGUGGUGAAUAAGUGGCAUCCAGAAUGCAGCCAGAGUUACAACGGCCUUUGGUGGUCAUUGCGCGCUUUAUACGUGGAAACAUGAUUCGAGGCUGAGACAGUAAAGCUGUGUCGACGAUUAGGUUGGGCUGGUGGCCGGUAUUAUUCGUGGAGUAAGCCGGCGUCUUGACGCAUAACGUUGCUGAGUGUCUGUGUCAAUGAAUCACGGAUGAGAGAGAUUUAUAAUCGCAUUUCAGCUUGUCGUAUUUAUGGCGACCGGUUAAAACGGGUGCGGACUUGUUUGUAAAAUAGUAUUGGACAUUCCUAUCUUGGACUGAUGAGAAAUGAUGAUGACGAAUGGGCUCAUGUUAAGGUUGGAGGCCAACGAGUGAUGAGCAAGCAAGCGAAGGUCAGAAAAAGCGAGACUGCAAAAUGAAUAAGUCCAUACAUUCAGCAAUAUAAG